UGACGUCAGACAGGCUGCGGGCCUUCCAUUCCGGGCCUAAAGUCCCUGGUCCCGGAGUUGCUAUGGCAACAGAACCGGGUUUAUGAUAUCAUCGUCAUGGCCAGAUGUUUUUGCAAGCCGUACGUCAGAUGAGAACUGCUGCCGUGACAGCAUGUUCUCUGAAAGAUGGAAUCAAGCUCUGUAAGGAGUAAAGUCCCAGCUUUCUUAUCAGACUUGGGGAAAGCGACCCUGCGAGGCAUAAGGAAAUGCCCUCGCUGUGGCACCUACAAUGGCACCCGUGGGCUGAGCUGCAAGAAUAAGACUUGUGGUAACAUCUUUCGCUACGGCACUUGGAAGCAGGCCGGCGUUGAUGCAGUCAAAAUUAUCACUGGCUCAGACCUGCAGGUCUUCUCAGUGCGGCAGAGGGACAGGGGACCAGAUUAUCGAUGCUUUGUAGAGCUGGGAGUUUCAGAGACCACCAUCCAGACUGUUGAUGGGACUAUCAUCACACAGCUCAGCUCUGGCCGCUGUUACGUCCCAUCAUGUUUGAAAGCAGCUGCACAAGGGGUGGUGAAAAACCAGUGCCAGCACAUUAAGCUGGCCGUGAACUGCCAGACUGAGGCCACCCCGCUUACUUUGAAAAGCUCCGUUUUAAACUCAGUGCAGGCCUCACCUGAGAUGAAACAAACCCUCUGGCAGCUGGCCACAGAACCCACGGGACCUCUGGUCCAAAGGAUCACGAAGAACAUUCUGGUGGUGAAGUGCAAAGCCAGCCACAAGCAUAGCUUGGGCUAUCUCCAUGUCUCCUUUGCUCACAAGGCUGGCCCCAAGUAUGUGGUGGAGCCCCGCUUUGUCUGCUCCUGCCAGUCUUUGAAAGACAAGGCCACCUCUGCCAAGGAAGAGAUGGGCCAGAAAUGCAUCCACUUCUUUGCCUGUAUCAGCGCUUUUGCCAGCGAUGAUAGUUUAGCUCAGGAAUUUGCAGAUUUCCUCAGCUAUGAUUCCAGUGGCCUGAAGCCAAUGGUAGGAGCCCAGCUUGUUUGCCAGCCAGAAUCUGCUCUGCCUUCUGUACAAGCUGCCACCUCCAAGGCAAAGAGGAGGAAGAAAGAUGAAAUUGUGGGUACGCAAGCAAGUAGUCCCCUCUUGCCUCAAGAUCAAGCAAACAGCAACUUGAGGAAGAGUGGCCUGAAAAAGCCAUCCGUCGCUUCCCUUAAAAAACAAGCUAGCAGUCAAGUACUUGAUGAAUCUCAGGUAACCUUGUCCUUCCAGGAGUGGCUGGCCAGCGUCACUGAACGCAUCCAUCAAGCCAUGCAUUACCAGUUUGAUGGCAAACCAGAUCCACUGGUAUUCCAUAUACCCCAGUCUUUCUUUGAAGCCCUGCAACAGAGGAUUUCUGUUGGGAGCACCAAGAAGCGGCUCCCAAAUUCAACCACAGCUUUUGUCCGGAAGGAUGCCUUACCUCUGGGUACCUUUUCAAAGUAUACAUGGCACAUCACCAACAUCUUGCAGGUCAAACAAAUCUUUGAUACUCCUGAGAUGCCCUUGGAAAUCACCCGCAGCUUUAUUCAGAACUGGGACGGCACUUAUGAACCCUUUAGGUGCCCUAAAGUGGAGGUGGAAAGCAUCCCAGAGACUUAUGGGCGUUUGGAGAAACAGCCAGUUCUCCGGCCCUUGGAGCUGAAAACCUUCCUGAAAGUUGGCAACACCUCCCCAGAUCAGAAGGAACCAACACCUUUCAUCAUUGAAUGGAUCCCUGAUAUCCUCCCCCAGUCCAAAAUUGGUGAGUUGAGGAUUAAGUUUGAAUAUGGCCACUACAGGAAUGGCCACACCACUGAAUACCAAGAGCACCGCCCUUCCCUGGAACAGACUCUGGAGCUCAUGCCUCUCACCACCAUCACAUUUCCGUGAAUUUGUGCAUUUCUUGCACAGCUUGGUUUGCACAGACCCUAUUCUGCAGCUGGUGAGCAUAUAUACUGGUUCUGAGUAGUGAAUGGAUUGGAGAGGUUGCAAGCAGCUGGAGGUCAGUGAGGCUUGUAGGCAUUUUUAAACAAGUGUCAACAAAAAUAGUAGAUUACCCCUGCAUACAACAAGCACCAUAUUCCUUUGCUGCUGUCUCUGAAAUUCAUUCAGGUGGUCUACCCAGAGCUCAGUCGGCCACCUCUCAUCCUGCCACUCCAGUUGUGGUGGAGCAGAACUUUUGGCUGUUUUACUGAAUUGUAAUUCCUUUACUGGCAUUCUUUGCAAUAUAUUUUUUAAA